CCAGUAACCUGUUGAAUAUAACACAUGUAUAAACAUUCUUUUUGCAUCCUGUCAUCACUACAGGGCAGUCAAGAAACCCUGGUACCAAAGGUUUUUGUUCAGGAUGCAGACCUUGGUAACUCUGUGUGCUCUUCUCUCACUCCUCUUUUCUAUCCAUGCGGAUGUCGUGGAACGCUUUGAGGAUGUGCCAGAAUGUGUGAAGUACUUCUAUAAAGGAAAGGUGCCAGAGUGGGGGGCUUUGACACCUGGUGCCGCCCGCCUCUGUCAACGUUUUGUCAACAGGUACCACUUUGCUACACUUUAUGACACCAACCAUCGAAUUGCUGUCUACUCUGCCUAUCAUUUCCAGCCCAGCUAUGGAGGUGGCAGGGAGAGACGCUGGUUCGUAGAGCCCCAGCUGGUAAACAUGGCCUGGCAAGCAGAGAUGAAGGAUGGAUACUGGCUGGGGAAAGACCACCCUGGGGUCUACCUGGGAGAGAAGCAGGCUCUGAAUGAGGACUACACACACUCUGGAUUUGACCGUGGCCACCUCAACCCUAACGGACACCAUGCAGUUCCUAGCCGUAAUGCCACUUUCACUCUGACCAAUGUGGUCCCUCAGAACCCCAAGAUGAACCAAAACGCCUGGAGGAUCCACGAAUCUGAGCUCAAUGACCUUUUCCGUGAGAAGUGUUCUAAGGCCUAUGUUCUGGUCGGUGCCAUUCCCUCUGCAGACAACUGGAUUGUCAAGAACAAUGUCAAGCGUGUCAACAUCCCUGACUACCUGUGGAACGCCUACUGCUGUGUGGACAACAAUGGAAGGCCGAUUCAGAGUGGUGCUGCCACAGCAAGAAACACAGAGGAGAACUGGGUGGAAAAGCUCACUCUGGAUGAACUGGAGGAAUUUAUGCAGCAGUUCUCUGAUCAACCAGUAGGGGAGCUGUUUCACAACAGCUGCAGAGCAUAAAGAUGAGCAGAGGGAGGAUGACAAAGUAUUUAAUUACAUUAAAUAAUAAUAAUUAAUUAGAUUUCUGUAUUCAUGUACAGAUAUGUUCAGUGGUAGUACUGAGUGAACAAUGUGUGUUAUCUGCUUUGAGAAAAAUACACCCUUGUUAUACUUCAGUCGACCAACAAUGAUGAAUAAAAAUGAACUGC